AUGAGAGCUAAAUUGAAACGAUCAGACGCGCUUUGGGGGCUUGUCGGCAUCGAGACGUUUGUUUGCGAGGCUCGGCUCGUCGAUGAAAUUGAGGGCGUACCAAUCAUGAGUACUAUACCCAAGUCGCUCCUGCUCGACAAAGUUAGGCCGGACAUAACGAUUGAGUUGAAAGUCGGAAUGCCAAUAAUAUUGACUAAGGAUUGUACUCAUAUUCGGCCAGGAGAAGAAAUGGUAUACAUGAAGAAAGGAUUGAGGUUGGUGGUCGUGGACGUCGACGAGUGGGUGGUAAUCGCGAGGGGAAUAAGUCCGGGGAAAAUUGGGAGGACAUUUAACAUUGGACAAACGAUGUUACAUUGCAACAACAUCAGCGAUAAGGAUAAUGCCUACUUACGUCAUCAGUUCCCUGUUGUGAUUGGGUAUGCGAAUGCGGAAGGUUGCUGGGAAAAAGUGGCUGAGUUUCGUGGAGGGAGUAGGAUUCGCCCCGCUUGA